CACAGUUUUCCCAGCGGUCCGUGAAGGCAGCGGGAGUAGCGGCAGUCUAACGUGAGUCCGCUUCCUCGCAUCUGCAGCUCCGCGGGGUCCGAACAGUGAUCGCUCCGUGGUGUCCUCACCGUCACAGGCUCCUCCUGCGGUCGUUCCUCUGGGUGAAGUCAGAGGACAAACAUGGGAACUUCUUCUCCCGACAGCUCGUAGGGAAAGUGAAAGCAGCAGAGUCCUGGGCUGAUGGCUCUGCAGCAGAGAUGCUCUGGAUGUCAUGACCGCUCUCAUCUGGAUGUUCACCUGGCUGCCUCAGGUCCUGCCAGCGAUGACUGAACUCCCCUCGCCUGUCAAACUGACCCUGAACUCAAGUAACUUCAUUCAUCUGCUCAAAUGGGAACCUGGACCAGGAACACCUGGAGGAGUUCACUACAGCGUGCACGCCGUGUGCACAAACACAGGAACCACCUGGCUGCCAGUGGACGGCUGCCAGCGUGUCCAACACCCGCUGGUCUGCAACCUGACAGAAACCUUCUCUGACCGAUCUGGGACCUACGGUACCACAGUUACAGCCCGGCUGGGAGGACGGACUUCCAAUUCCAGCACCUACAACGACUUUCAGCCCAUCAGAGACACUCACCUGGACCUGCCGCUGCUCUCUGUGACGCCCUGCGAUGAAUACCUGUGUGUGGACCUUUGGUCUCCUGUCGAGCACCUCAGAGAGUUCUACAACACUCUGAAAUACGAACUCAGGCUCCAGUACAACGGAGGGGAAAAAAAGAAGAACACUUACUCUCUGGAAAGAGUGACGCUUUCGGAGUAUGUGCUGCCUGGAAAAAAUUACUGUGUCUCCGUCUGCUUCCUAGACAACGUGCGGAACAAGUCCAACUACAGCCGGCCGGUCUGUUACUUCAGCCCGAGCCUCUUUAACAAAGACGCGCUGAUCUCCACCCUGCUGUGUUCGCUGGUGGUGGCCGGUGUGGUCAUCGUGGUUCUGCUGUUCUCUGCUGGUUACAUCUGUCUGAGGAGGAAAUCUCUGCCGCGCGUCCUGACGUCCAUCCAUCACCUGGACGAGGUUCUGGUCGUCUCUCCACGCAGCACGUCCCUGUCGUCCCUCCUGAACCUCAAACCAACACCGCCCUCUUCUGGUGAGGACGGGAGCAAACAGACUGUGUCAGACGACAGUGACGAGGAGAGCGAGACGGAGAGCAGCGGCGGAGGAGGUUAUAAACUGCGGGUGGGCACCAACCUCGUCUCUUCCUCCUCUUCGUCUUCAUCCUGUUUGGCGGCUCCUUUGCCUCCAGCGCCUGAACCGACGUCGGGCUUCUCCUCAAACCAAACGUCAGAAUCCCCGACGCACACAUCGUCACACUCUGAGCCUCAGCCAGAGUGUGUUUCUGAUCCUCCUGCAGACAGUUCGACUGGAGGAGGGAGCGAGCCAAAGAAAAAGGAGGAGAAGGAAGAAGAGGAGGGUCAGGAUGUCAACCUCCUCACGUUAACGUUUGGCAGACAGGAUGAGGAGGAGGAGGGUCAGGAUGUCAACCUCCUCACGUUAACGUUUGGCAGACAUGAUGAGGAGGAGGAAGAGGAGGAAGAGGAAUUACACGAUGAGAUUUCUGCAAUCCUGCCAGCACAAACACAGGACGCUGAGCAGGAAGUUGCAUUAAAAUCCUGCGCUGCCGACGAGGAGGAGGACGAAGAAGAGGAGGACAAAGAAGAUGAAGAAGAUGACUGUGGAUACAUGAGGCGUCCACCUCCACUUGUCUUACAGAACUUGAGGAAGAUGAGGCUGUGGAUUCUUCUUCUCCUUCUUCUUCUGCAGUCGCACCUUGCUAUCAGCGUUUCCCUCCCAGCUCCAUCCAAUGUCUCCAUCUCCUCCAUCAACAUGGAGCACACGCUCAGCUUCCUGCCCGGCGCCGACUCCCCUGACAGCAGCCGCUUCGAGGUCCAGGUCGUCCGUCUCAGGUACUCGAGUCAGAGAGCAGAAAAGUCGUGGACAGCGGUGGCCGCCUGUUCGGCGCUGAAGGCCGGACAGACGUGUAAUCUGACGCAAGUGUUCAAAAAGCCGCUGGAACAGUACAGAGCCAGAGUCCGGGCCUUCACAGCCGGACAGACGUCCAGCUGGACCGUGUCGGUGGCGUUCCAACCUCUAUCAGACACUGUGUUGGGACCUCCUGACGUGGUCGUGUCCGGCUGUGGGAACUGUUUGCUGCUGCAGGUCCGUCCUCCUUCAUCGGUCGGGAUGCUGUCGACGGACCUCUACAUGGACCUGGUCCUCAAUGUGAAGAGGACCAGGGAUGGUGCUCAGUUCAUCCUGACUCGGCCGUACAAGGAAGAGAUGGAGAUCUCGUACCUGCAGCGAGGCGUGGAGUACUGCGUGACCGUGACUGUGAAAACGCUCUUCAACGACAACUCAGUGCCCAGCGACGCCCACUGCGCCUUCACCAGCCCGCCGCCAUCGCACUCACUGUCUGUGGUCUACGGCCUGCUGGGGGCCUUCUGCGCUCUGCUCCUCCUCAUCGGAUCGGUCGCCUGCAGCGGUCAGCUGAGCGUCAGAUUACUGCGACGACGCCUCCCGACAUCGCUGUCGUACUUUCUCCUCAAAGUCCAGGAUGUUGGAGCUGCACCACCUGAACUCUCAGGUGACACCUCGGACACGCCGCUGCAUAAAGAAGGUUCUGCUGACUGUCUUCUGCCGGACCACCGGCCGGUCCAAACACUGAGGAGCAGCUCAGAAUACUAUGUCGAGAAAAUCCUCCUCAGUCCGGCCCUGCUGCAGGUGUCUGCGCACUUGUCACCUGAAGCUGCGCAACACCAACGUAACUGUGAACUCUCGCGACAUUUCACAGACAGGCUCAGAUGGGUGACGUUUCUAAUAACUGACGCUGAUUGGCUGUUUUCCUCGAAGCGGCAGACGUUUCUGUGCGGGGACAAGGUUUCGUUUCCUCGGGCUUCCCCCCGCCUUCUGUGCGCGAGCCUUACCAGGAAAUACACUGUUUAUAAUGAAACACACACUCACACACCUGCACACACACACACACACACACACACACACUACCCAGCUGGACUACAGAACACGGUGACUGAAGAAGAGUUCGGCAACAUGUCAGCCCGAGUGUGUGUCUUCAUCCUGACGCUCUCAACACUACAUGGACCCAGAGCGGUGUCAGGAGUCCUCAGUGGACCCACAAACGUCAGCCUGACCUCCUACAACAUGAACCUGGUGCUGAGGUGGGAUCCACCUGAAGGAGCAGCCGAUGGCCUGGUCUACACAUCAGAGUACAAGAGCCAAUUCAUAAUCUACAGAACCAGUUGUACGAACUCCUCGGAACUCCAGUGUGACUUCAGCCGCCAACUGGGCUCCUCCAUCCCCGUGUACGGGAAGUUUACCGGCAGAGUGCAAGCGCAGCUCGGGGCAGAGAGCUCCAACUGGGUGGAGAGCAAAGAGUUGAGCCUGGAGAGAGACACUGUCAUCGGUCCUCCCGGCGUCUCUCUCAUCUCCACCGAGGAUACGAUAGAAGUCAGCAUUACAGAUCCGGUGUUUGCUCGCUCCACACUUAAGGAGGCUUAUGGUGCUUCAUCUGUCACCUACAACAUCACCCACUGGAAGGAAGGCCACGAGAAGCAGGCCGUCAGCCACAGCAACUUACAGCAGAACCGGUUUGUUCUGGAUAACCUGGAGUGCUGGACCUCGUACUGCGUCCAGGUCCACGUCAGCGCCAAGAUGAACCCCAAACCAGGCGAGCCCAGCACGCCGGUCUGUGAACGCACCACCUGCAAACCUGGGGUUCCGUGGGUGGCAGCAGUGGUGACGUUCUUGGUCAUUACCGUGGUGGUGGCGGCGGUGGUGCUGGCGGUGGUGUAUCAGAAACAUAUAUCCAACUUUCUGUGUCCGAAAGAUUCACUGCCACAGCGCUUCAAAGAGGCUCCCAAGUCAUCCAUGUACAUGGCCAUGCGUGACUCCCACCCGCCCGAGGAGCACUAUGACCCUGUCAGCAUCGUUGCAGAUGACAAGAGUGUGGAGGAAGGGCGCCCUCUGCAGGACAUGGGGCCAAGCUGCAGCCUCGACAGCAGGGAGAGCUAGAGGAGACUGAGAGGCUGAAAAUACACAAAAGCAAUGAAGAAGAGCUGAUGACAGGGACCGUUAUCAACCAGGCAGACCUGACACACGUCGGCAAAACAGUGGAGUCAUCCAUUACUGGUUUAUUUCAGUGUUUUAAGGCAACAAACUCUGCAGUAGCUUCAUAUCAUCCCUCAGCAGAGCAGGUGUUAAUGUGAAGCGACUGGACAGCAGAGAUGUUGGAGGCACACCGACACCUCAUCCCAGUGAAGUUGUUUUUGUGCUGUGCCGUUCUGAUGAUCCUCACAGUGUCACCAGAGUGUAACUGAAGGACCGGAGCCGCCCACACUUGUGCUGGAAGACGUCCGUCCACCGUGGUCGACUCUGCUAUGGAUGUAGAAUCUGCCACCAAAUGGUCACAUUUCCUUCCUGACUUAUCUUUGCCUCAUUGGUGAAAUAUGAAGGUUUUCUUAAUUAAGUUAAAUUCAGAAUGCAGUGACGAUGAUUCAGAGAAGCUACAAGUCAAAGUGUGAAACAAUGUGCAGCUCAGACAUUUAUGUGUUCAUGUUCACUCAGUUAAACGUAAAUAAAGACGUUGUUUUAACGUG